AUGACUUUCAAAAAUCGGUUUGCACCUUUUACUGUACAAACUACAAUCAGACUGAAGACUAUGGGACAAGAAUCCAGUCCAGAAUUUGAGAAAGUGAUUGGACAUCAUUUCCAUGACCAAGGAUUGCUGGAAGAGGCUUUAGAAGAGUCAGGGCUAUCAUCAGCAGGAAAUGAGCGGCUCGCCUUAGUAGGAGACAAAAUACUCGCCCUUAUGCUGCUUCGUCGUUGGUAUCGUGAAGGCAACACCACAGGUAUGUUUACCUCUUCAAGAUUUGACAUCAGGCUAAUAUAA